AAUUCCGCCACCCGCAGCCAGCCUCCACCCUGCACCUCGCGUCCCGGCUCGUCCUCUUCGUCGUUCUCGUCCGGCCGCUCCCGGCCCCAUCCCUCCUCCUCCACCUCCGUCGGCUCGCCUCCCGUACGUCUACCCGAGCAGCCGGCGCACGGCACGGACGGAUCAGCCGCCAAGGCAAACCCGCGUCCAGCCGGCAGACGGCGCGCGCCAGCAACCGGCAGACGGCCGGCCGCGACCGCUAUUCGACCCUGACCCCAAGCGCACGCCUUCUCUUCUCUUUCGAAGGAAAGGCCAUUCGAGUCUAGUCAAAAUCUAGGGGUACUAUGGUGAUCUCAAUGAGGGAGGUGGAUCCUGUCUUCAAAGGAGCAGGACAAAAGGAUGGACUGGAGAUAUGGCGAAUCGAAAAGUUGCAGGCUGUUCCUGUUCCCAGGGAAUCACAUGGUAAAUUCUCAACAGGAGAUUCUUACGUAAUAUUAAAGACGUCCGCCCUCAAAAAUGGUUCUUUUCGUCAAGAGAUUCAUUAUUGGCUUGGGAAAGAUACCAGUCAGGAUGAAGCUGGUAUAGCUGCGAUCAAGGCUGUGGAACUGGAUGCUGCUCUUGGUGGACUUGCUGUACAAUACCGUGAACUGCAAGGAAACGAGACUGAAAAAUUUCUUUCAUACUUUAAACCUUGCAUCAUACCAGAGGAAGGUCAAGCUGCAUCUGGUUUUAGUCAGGCUGUAGUCAAUGAGCAGGAGCAUGUCGUACGAUUAUUUGUCAGCAAAGGAAAACACACGGUCCAUGUCAAAGAGGUUCCUUUUGCACGGUCAUCACUGAACCAUGACAACAUACUUAUUCUGGAUACUAAGUCAAAGAUAUUCCAAUUUAAUGGAUCAAAUUCGAGUAUUCAAGAGAGGGCUAAAGCCCUUGAGGUCGUGCAAUACCUCAAAGACGCCAACCAUGAAGGAAAGUGUGAUGUGGCUGUGGUUGAUGAUGGAAAGUUGAUGGCAGACGCUGAUGCUGGUGAGUUUUGGGGUCUCUUUGGUGGAUUUGCUCCUCUGCCAAAAACGACAUGUUCUGAGCUCAAUGAAGAAGAUACUUCUUUCCCUUCAUUACUUCUCUGUGUAAAUGAGGGCCAAACAUUUCCCAUGGAUUGUGAAAAUCUAACAAGAGCGCUGCUAGAUUCAACAAAGUGCUACCUUCUGGACUGUGGAUCUGAACUUUAUGUCUGGAUGGGUAGAGAAACAGUACUUGAAGCUAGGAAACGAGCAGGAUUAGCCGCUGAGGAAUUACUGCGUGAAGGAAAUCGACCAAGAUCUCACAUUAUUCGUCUCAUGGAAGGAUUCGAGACGGUUGUAUUCCGGUCAAAGUUCAAUAAAUGGCCCAAGAAAGUUGAGACGGUUGUGUCAGAUGAAAGCAGAGGAAAAAUUGCAGCCCUUCUGAAGCGCCAAGGAUUUAAUGUAAGGGGUGUGCCAAAAGCUGCUCCUUUGAAGGAAGAGUCUCAAGCACACAUUGACUGCACAGGACACUUACAGGUUUGGCGUGUAGAUGACCGUGAAAAGACUUCCCUUUCAUUCUAUGAACAAUGCAAGUUCUACAGUGGUGAUUGCUAUAUCUUCCAAUAUAGCUACCGUAGUGAUGAUGGGGAGAAUUAUCUUAUCGGUACUUGGUUUGGCCAGAAGAGUAUUGAGGAGGACAGGAGUGCAGCCUCUUGCCAUGCUCAUACGAUGGUCGAUUCACUAAAAUUCCAGGCAGUUCUGGUCCGCCUUUAUGAAGGAAAGGAGACCAUGGAGUUCUUUACUAUAUUUCAGAACUUGGUUAUAUUUAAGGGUGGUGCUAGCACUGGAUACAAAAAAUAUGUAUCAGAAAAUGGCACUGAGGAUGAUACAUAUUCGGACAACGGGGUUGCACUUUUCCGGGUUCAAGGUUCAGGACCGGAAAACAUGCAAGCGAUUCAAGUUGACACGGCAGCAGCAUCGCUGAACUCUUCCUAUUGUUACAUACUACACGAUAGAGACACGCUCUUUACUUGGGUUGGGAACCUAAGCUCCUCAAUGGACCACGGGCUUGCUGAGAGGCAGCUAGAUGUGCUCAAGCCAAAUCUCCAGUCAAGAUUGCUCAAGGAAGGAUCAGAAUCUCAUCAAUUCUGGAAGUUACUUGGAAGCAAGUGUGAGUACCCAAGAGAGAAGAUUGUGAGAGAUCAAGAAAGUGACUCUCAUUUGUUCUCUUGUACCUUUUCAAAAGGCGUGCUUAAGGCUAGAGAGAUAUUCAAUUUUACGCAAGAUGAUAUGAUGACAGAGGACAUAUAUAUUUUGGACUGUCAUUCAUGUGUCUUUAUAUGGGUUGGACAACAUGUGGACACGAAUAUCCGAGCACACGCUUUGAGCAUUGGAGAGAAUUUUCUUGAACUUGAUAUUCUAAUGGAAAACUUGUCAAAAGAAACACCACUUUAUGUUAUUACUGAAGGAAGCGAGCCCCAAUUUUUCACAAGGUUCUUCUUCACUUGGGACUCUGCAAAAUCAGCUAUGCAUGGUAACUCAUUUGAAAGGAGGCUGUCUAUAGUGAAGAAUGGAGUAAAACAAAUAAGAGAUAAACCUAAAAGAAGACCGACAACAUCAUCACACACUGGAAGAUGCAUUGUACCUGAUAAAUCUCAGAGGAAAACUACGUCUUCCAGUCCUGACCGUGCAAGAGUUAGAGGAAGAUCACCAUCAUUCACUGCAUUGGCUGCCAACUUUGAGAACCCAAAUGCCCGAAAUCUGUCAACUCCACCUGUCGCUACAAAGCCGUCUCCAAGGACGACUCCAAGGACAUCCCCUGAACCUGUGAAGCCACCCCAAAGGGCUGAUUCAAUCGCUGCAAUCUCUGCUUUGUUUGAGCAGCCGAGACCAAAUCUGAUACCGAAGUCAAGGAAAGCUCGUCCUGCUGUAAAGAAGCACCAACCUGAAGCAAGCAAACCAGAGGCAAAUGCCAAGGAGAACACCCCUGCUGCGGAGGAUGGGAAGACUGUAGCUCCAGCGAAACUGGAAGAUGCGAAGGAGGGUCAGCCGGAAGACGUGGAAGGGCUUCCCGAGUACCCGUAUGAUCGCCUGAGGACAUCUUCCACCGAUCCUGUCACAGAUAUUGAUCAAGGCAGGCGUGAGGUGUACCUGUCUUCGGCGGAGUUCAGGGAGAAAUUCGGGAUGACAAUGGAGGCUUUUGCCAAGCUUCCAAAGUGGAAGCAGACUAGGCUCAAGAUCACACUCCAGCUGUUCUAAAAUCUUCCGUUGUCAGACAAGCUGUCAGGUCUUCUUAGUGAAUGGACGAUAGCGAGAUAUUUUAAAGGUGUUCUGCUGAUGCAUGAGGACAGGAAGAAAUAGUUACAGGUUUCUUUCAUUAUUUCGAGCUGGAGGGUGUCCUCCUGAAAACAAUAGCGUUACAUAUAUACAUAUAUGAGAUGUGUAAGUUAUAAUUAGGCAACGGAACGAACCGGGCUGAAAAGCCCUUCUGUUGGAAAACUUUGGCGAGGGGAAUCGAUGUAACAGGAGUUUGUAAAACGCUGGCUGUUGUCUUGUAUACUUCAAACUUUGGUA